AUCCCAAUUUGGACAAACAAAAAUUCUUCAAAAGAAGAGCUAUUAAGGAAGUGCUCGGAUGGACUAUACGAGUGGCAGGUAUGAUGUGAAGUCCCCUUCCCUUGGGGAAUUGAGGCGGGAAUUUAAUUGUUGAUAAACGCGGAUUUUCUUUAAACAGAGGGCCAAUUUGCCGAAGGAGAAUUCGUUUGUGCUGCACGAUGGACCCCCUUAUGCGAAUGGGAAUUUGCAUUUGGGUCUUGUGUCUCUUUCAACCGAGGCUGUAGCAUUUGCUGACGGGCUGGGGAAAUAUAGGGCAUGCACUCAAUAAGAUUCUCAAAGAUAUUGUUGGGCGUUUUCAAGUUCUUUCUGGCCGCCGCCUAUCUUACAUCCCCGGUUGGGAUUGUCAUGGACUCCCAAUAGAGAUCAAAGCAUUACAAUCCUACACGGAAUCCCCACGAGAAAUGGGCAAUAAGAACAAUAUAAAGGCUGCCCAAACUGCCGCUGAGAAAGGGAAGACCAUGGGUGCAGCUGAGAUUAGGUCUCUGGCACGGGGACUCGCGGAGAAGACCAUCACCAAACAAAUGGCCGAAUUUCGGUCAUGGGGAGUGAUGGGCGAUUGGACUAAUCAUUGGAAAACUAUGGAUAAGGACUACGAGAUAUCGCAGCUGCGAGUGUUUAAAGAGAUGCUCAAAAGGGGCUUAAUAUAUAGACGCUUUAAGCCAGUCUUUUGGAGCCCCAGUUCAGGAACAGCACUCGCGGAGGCGGAAUUGGAAUACAACGAAAAGCAUCCCAGCAAGGCCAUUUUUUUGGCCUUCCCCAUACGGGCCACUGCAGCGCCGGGGCUUGGAAAAAGACUCGAGGGGAUUAGCGUGCGGGCCGCCAUCUGGACGACUACACCUUGGACCGUCCCUGCGAAUAAGGCGAUCGCUGUCAAUACGGGAAUAGAGUAUUGUGUUGUGGGCACCGAGAAACACGGGAACUUACUCGUUGCAUCACAGCGAGCUAGAGAGCUUGGUAAGGCCAUAAAUGAACAACCAAAGAUUAUAGUGAACGGUAUCAUGGGCCAAGAUCUUGUUGGGGCGCAAUAUUCACAUCCCCUGCUUCCGGAAGAUGCUCCGUGCCAGCCAAUACUGUCUGCGGACUUUGUUACAGCUGAUUCUGGUACUGGAAUUGUCCACUGCGCUCCCGGCCACGGAAUGGACGACUAUCUCCUUUGCCAGAAGCAUGGAAUACAACCAUUUUCACCCGUAGACAAUAAUGGACGGUUUACCGAAGAUGCUCUACCCGGACACGGCAUUGAAGGACUGGAGGUUCUUUUUGGUGGUACCAAGAAGAUCUUGGAUGUUCUCACGGAAUCAAAAGCUCUUCUAGCGCUCCAGCCAGGGUUCACGCAUAAAUAUCCUUACGACUGGCGGACAAAGCGUCCUAUCAUUAUCCGGGCAACGGCGCAGUGGUUUGCGGACGUUGGCGUUAUUAAGGGUGCUUCCAUUGACUCACUUGGGAAUGUCGAGUUUGUUCCGUCCGCUGGAAGGUCGAGAUUGACAUCUUAUGUUAACAGCCGUUCGGAGUGGUGUAUUUCUCGGCAAAGGGCAUGGGGUACACCUAUUCCCGCGCUCUAUGAUGUGGAGACUAACGAACCGUUGUUGACCGAGGAAAGCGUCGAACAUAUCAUUAGCAUAUUACAGGAUAAAGGAACUGAUGCUUGGUGGGGGGGCGGGGUUCCGGAGGAAGCAUGGGUGCCCGAACUAAUUAGAACGACAGGAAAGAGGUACGUCCGAGGUAAGGAAACCAUGGAUGUCUGGUUCGACAGCGGCACAAGUUGGGCUACACUCAGAAAUUGUGUUGGGCAGCGUAAGGGAAGGCCUUUGGCCGAUCUUUAUCUCGAGGGGUCUGACCAGCACCGGGGCUGGUUUCAGUCAUCUUUACUCACUUCGGUGGCCUCUUCUGCAGACCUCCAUGCUGCUAAGGCGCCCUUUGGAAUGGUUGUCACGCAUGGCUUCUGUUUGGACGAAAGGGGGAAGAAGAUGUCAAAGUCUUUAGGCAACACUAUGGCCCCUGUGGACGUCAUCAAACCCAGGGGUAAGGGCAUCGGUGGUAUAGAUGCUCUGAGACUAUGGGUGGCUAGCUGUGAUUACACUAAGGAUGUCGGUAUCGGAAACACAAUCCUUGACGGUGUGAACGAGAACUUGAGAAAGCUAAGGGUUACUUUGAGGUUUCUAUUGGGGAAUCUAGAAGACUGGGAUGGGCAGGAGGUGGAUUACUCUAAAUUAGUGAAGGUACUUGAGCAUACGCAUUUCGAUUGGUAUUGCGCCGAACGUAGGCUGACGGCGUUUCGUAGACCGAUAGAUAUGCGCUGGCGCAGUUGUAUCGGGUUAAUAGAGCUACUGCACAGGUGUACAAGAACCUGCACUUUAAUAGAGGUUUUUAGAAUUUGUAUUCGCGUUGCUGUCUCUAGGCUGAUGCUGGAACAGUUAUUCAACUAGUCAUGGCAUAUACCAACGCAGAUCUCUCCGCAUUCUACCUGGAUGUCACAAAGGAUACUAUGUAUUCCGAUCCAAAGGACUCUCAAAGACGCCGCGGAACACAGACCGUCAUAUACUAUGUGAACAUUUUCCGGCACUAACCCAUAUCAACCCCAUAAGAAAUGACUAAUGCUAUUGAUCAGAUUCUCCGGAACUACCUUUCCAUACUCGCGCCUAUUGUCCCACUACUCACCCAAGAAGUCUGGUCACAUGCUACAUCGUUCGUGACGAAGGGUGCCGCCGGGCCAACACAACUGGGAUGGUAUAAGCCGGCCGAGGCAUGGAACGACGAGAAUCUGAUUGAAGAGUUCAAGCAUAUCAAUACGAUCCACUCGCUGGUGAAACUGGGCAUUGAAAAGGCUAAGGCCGAACAGUAAGUCCAUGGCAUUCAUGCAUUUGGUCGGGCACUAACGGGUGAACGAAAUAGAGGUGUUAAGGUCAACCUAGAGGUCUCAGCAGUAUUGAUCACUCCAGAGGGGUCGAAGGCGAGGAGGAUUUUGGAGGAGUACGGUGAGUAUAUCAUAUCUGGUAAACUGCGAAAUUAUAGCUAACAGAGCGCAGCCAACGAACUCCCCCAGAUAUUCAUUGUCUCGGAAGUUUCGCUCGGGAAGGAAAUUCCAACGAGCCCAACGUGGCAGUACGUCGAAAAGACAAACCUCCUAGGUGACGACUGCACCGUCGUGGUCCGGCGCGCCUCGAGGAAUAAAUGCCCUCGCUGUUGGGUAUACUUGGCAAACGACCCAGGUGAGAUAUGUGAUAGGUGCCAAAAUACCAUAUCGAUAGAUCACGCAGCGGUUUUGCAGGGCGGAGGUGGUGGGGUGGGCUGUGCCUAGUCUCCCGGUGCUGGCAGGUGUUGUGUCAGCCUACAGCUUGGGAGGGCACGGCAGUACUGGUCCUUGGAUUGUACCGUACCUGCCUGGUGAUUUAAUGUAUGAUAUGAAUACCGUACUACAAGUAUGACCGAGAACAAUAAGCGGAAGGCAAAAGGAUAGGAAGUCGGUAAGUUAGGUUGAUGUGUUUUGCACGAAAACCAUCUUCGCCCACUCCCUGCCUUUUUAGGAGGGGUAUCGUGACAUGCUUGUCGGUUACCAGUAAGGGUCGUAAUAGGGAGAUUUAAAGCACUCGGUACACUGUGAACUGGUACAGAGCAUACCCUUAAAAUACCUUAAAAUACAGGUGUACUGCUUUGAACAUCACUGAUAAACUCCCAUCAGGACUGGUAUAUUGGCUUGCAUGUUCUUGCAUGGUAAGUGUUGCUGGUGUGACAGAUUAAGUAAAGUGUGAGUUAGUUUAGAAGGGGAUGAUGGAUGGAGUGACUGUACCUCUGUACGAUCCUCGCUCAAAAAGUCAUGAGUAGGUUGCUAUUUUGCACCAAAAUCACACCACUUUAAGGGCAAUUAACUUGCCCAAAAAGAUGAUAGAAUUAAUGAAACUGGGACUAUGUAUUUUCCAAUUGCUUGGCCUAUUUCAGUAAAAAUUGUGUGAUUUUUGUCACCCUCUUGUGAGUGCUGAUAGCUAGUGGUUUAUUCAUGAGGUGUUACAUUGUAUGAUACCUUUUUUACUGAAAAUUGAUAUGAUUUAAGGUAUCUUUUGUUCAUCCUCAGUUAUUCUGGUAUUUCUCUCCCAAAGUCUAU